AGCGCUGCCCGCAGCGGGACCCGCCGCGCCGCCUCCGCACGCAGGGCCAGAAAACCUUCCCGCAGCCAUGGCGCUGGUGAAGAGCGGUUGGCUUUGGCGGCAGAGCUCCAUCCUGCGUCGCUGGAAGAGGAACUGGUUUGUCCUCUACCUGGAUGGCAGCCUGGUUUACUACCACGACGAGACGCAGCGCGACAUGGACGGCAGGAUCCACAUCAAGUACAGCUGCCGGGACGUCCGCACCGGCCGCGAGUGCAGAGACGUGCAGCCUCCCGAGGGGAAGAGCCGGGAGUGCCUGCUGACCGUGGUGCUGCGGGACGGCUCCAAGACCACCCUGUGUGCCGAGAGCCAGGACGACGCCGUUGCUUGGAAGAUGGCUGUGCUGGAGGCUAAAUCCACCCCGGUGCAUGUCUACGACCCCUAUGACGACGACUACUACCAGACGGUGCCCCUCGACUCCCACCAGACUGCCUACAUCAGCUCCGGCCACUAUGGCCACCAGUAUGGAGCUCCCGGGGUGACCCACGUCAUCGUGCGCGAGGAUCCCUACCGGGUCUCCGGGGACCAGAUGGCCCUGGGGCUGCUGGCAGGGGCAGCCACUGGUGCUGCCCUGGGCUCCUUCAUGUGGAUGCCCUGCUGGUUUUAACACCCCCACAGGAUGUUUCCCCCACCCACCCACCCAAAGAUCACCCCCCCCCAACACAGCCUCCUUCACCUCCCCAGCCUGGUUUAACUCACCCCUGGCUUGGUACCCACCACGAACCACCCUCAGCCUCCCAAAAACAACCUGCUCGGCCCAUUUCACCCUGGGGCCAAAGGUCCAGCCCCAAACCUACCCCUGCUCCCAGCCCUGACUUUUGCAUUAAAUAACCCCCACGUGCUUCAGAGACCCCAAAUAUCCCACCCCAAAACCUGAUUCCCAUCCAACAAGGGCCUGGGGAGCUGCUGGGGC